CGUUAUCCUUUCCCUGAAUUCUGAAUAGUUGCACAGUAACUGUUCGUAGUUACGAUCAAAUCAUAAAAUAAGAGUUUAUUAUCUCUAAUAGUGCUUUAAAAAUCUUUUAAUUCGGUAGCAGUGCAAUUUUCCGCGUUGUUUUCGAUGUAUUUGAUAAAAUAACUCAUGCGAGGUGUCUGUGGAUAGUGAUAUCCUACACCGAUAUUGGUUACUUCACCAAGGCAAUACAAAAAUAUUCUAUUGUACACUGCAAUGAGAGUGAUAGAUUGCGAUAAAUAUUCAUCUAUCCGGUAGAAAAUUCAGCAGUUCAAAUAACAUUGCAAUGGUUUCGAACCGGUACGGAAUUACCACGAGAGUUUUUCGCACACAAUGACUUCGUUGUCGAUAAAGGAAUGUUCCAUCUGCCGGAAGCCACUAAGGACCCGGUCUAAUCGACAUUACCAUGAACACUGCCAAAAUCCGGAGCUAAAACCAUUUAAAUGCGUACAUUGCGAGCGCACGUUUAGCUCCAAAUCGCAUAAGGUAUUUCACGAAGAGAGUCAUCAGGAACGUCGUCUUCCGUGUAAGCAUUGCCACAAAACCUAUCAACAUCAGCGUGAUCUUGAUCUGCAUCUGCAAGAACACAAUGCAAGUGUGAUAUUUAGAUGCAACAAGUGCUCAGAUAGUUUCAGCUCGCUGCUGGCACUGACGAAACACAAAAAGAGCCAUUCGGUAUUAAAGCGAUACAAAUGUGAUCAAUGUGAGUUAACCUUUAGUCUGAAGGGUAAUCUAGUCAAGCACAUCAAGGUGCUUCAUAGUAGGAAAAAACAGUUUUCCUGUGACCAGUGUGUUAAAACGUUUUACAGAAACAAUGCCCUACAAUUCCACAUGCUAAGCCAUCAAUUGAGGAACUACCAAUGUAAGACUUGUCAUAAGGAGUUCGUCGAUGCAAGAAACCUUGAGCGACAUCUUAAGACGCAUGCGUCACUUAAAGAAUUCCAGUGCGAUAUAUGCGGAAUUUCCAGUUCGCGUAAAGACAACAUCAUAAGGCACGCCAAAAGCUUCCAUCCUGAAUCGGACCUAAGCAAAAUCGUCCAACGAGGUGAAGUUGGAAACCAGCUGGAUAGCAUAAAACUAGAUGCUCGCCAAAGCAAAAAAUCACAACAAACCGAAUCACACCCGUCGAUGCAAUCCGCCAAUACGAACCGAGUGAGUGUAAUUAAGGUAAUAGGAAUUCCCAAACCGCUGGGGCAUACCGCAACAAUGACGAAUCGCUUCAACGAAUCAGAUGAACGAAAGUCGCAACCAGCACCGAAGCCUGUCACCAAGAUCGAUCCUUUGGAAAUCUAUCGAAAAAUCCUCCAACCCAGCGCCGAAGAUGACGAGGAUAGCCUCGAGGUCGCUGACCAACGCCAAACACCCCCUCAGACAAUCACCCCGGCAGAAGCCAUCAUCGAACCACCGGCACCAUCGUCUGAAGCAACAGCUGUUUCUGCGGCAAACACUAACAAUAGCGGCAGCAAUAAUUCACCUUCUAUAAAUAAUUUUUCUGAAGUUCAUUGGCGUAAGCGUACAUCGCAGAUUUUUACUAAUUCAAGUAGGUGA